CAACAAUCAAUCUUCUUGGCUUCCAAUCCCAACAUUGAAACACAUCGUUUGGCUUGAUAACAAUUCUUCGGAAUAGAAUUGUUUGGUGGUGUUAAAUCUAAAAUCAAUUUUGUAUAGUGAUCCACUGCUUGAUUGGGAACGUUCCAAUUAGAUUUACCAGCCAAUGAUAAAUUUAAGGUUGAGAAACUUAGUGCAGUAGGAAUAAGUUAAUUCAUGUCAUUCUAUUACAGAUUGUAAUUCUGAGUCUUGGUUUCAUUAAUUUCCCUCAAACUUGCUGAUUCAAUGUUUCCAACUCAUUAAAAGCUAGUUGUUAUGCAAAUGUUCUUAUGAUAUCGAAAUGAAGUCCAAACAGGUAUUGUAUACUGAAUAUAAAUAGAAGUACGAAAAAAUAUCAUUGUGUGCAAUGAAGCAAAUUCCUUGGGUGGACUUUGCAUCAUAGUUUCUAUAAUAUUUUUGGUUGCAGAGUUUCUGUAUAUUGUGGAUAUAAUGUCAUCUCCCUGAUGAUUGUUCAUUGAUGAAUUAUUUUGUUUCUGAUGAUUGUUCAUUCAUGAAUUAUUUUGUUUAUGAUGAUUGUUCACUGAUAAACUAUUUUGUUUCUUUCAUUUUUUUCAUAGCUUUUCGACUACCAAUACAACACGGGCGUGCUAUUGAUUGAGAAGAAAGAAUGGAAUUCAAAGUUUGACCAGCUGAGGCAAGAACAAGCUGAAACUGAGGAAAUUAUUAAACGAGAACAGUCAGCACAUUUAAUUGCCAUGUUUGAAGUUGAGAAGCGAUAAGAGAAUUUGAGGAAAGCAUUGAGCACAGAGAGGCAACGUGGGACAGAUGUAUGUUUUUUGUUUUAAUCUUCAAUUAUGUUUUUAUAUUUGCCUACUUGCUCACAUUUCUAAUUUCCUCUAUUGUGUUGCCAUCCUUUUUAAUUCAAUUAGUGUUGGAAGAAGAGCCUAUCAUCGGUUGGGCUUCAAUUUUUUCCUCACUUCUUUACUGAUUUUCAUGACAUAAUUUUAGAGUAUUUAGGCAUUACCUUUCCCUAAAGACCACAAUUGAUAUAAGAAUGUUAUGGUGCACUGAAAACUUAAGUUUUUGCUUUUUUUGGUUCCCGCCUUUCUAAUUAUUACAAAAGGUUCCCCUUAUUUUAACUAUCUUCUUUAACCUAUGGCCUUACUGUUUCCAUGCAUGCAUGUUCUCUUUCCUUUAUUACUCUUCAAAUUGUUCAGUACUUUACUGAUAGGAACCCAGAUACAGUCUUGAUUUCAUUACUAAUACAGUGAUUGUUCAGUUGUACUGUGUUUUCUUAUUUCUAGUACCUAUCAUAUACCAAUUUAUUUCUAUUUCAAUUUUAUGAUCAGAUUUGUAUGACAUCUCGGGAGUUUCUCAUGUUAGGGUUGGAGCUUGAGAUGCUUUUUUAGAUGUGACUUUAUUAUAUAUUGAUGUUGUGAAAAUCAUUCAAUUGUAGCUUGAGAGAGCUUUGCGUGCAAUGCAAGAAGAGCAUGCCCAAGUUAAGUCUAACUCCCAUACAAAGCUAGCUGAAGCUAGUGCGUUGGUUGAUGGAAUUGAAGAAAAGUCUUCAGUGGUUGACAAGAAACUGCUUGAUGCAAAGCCUAAGCUUGCUGAGGUGAACAGAAAAAAUGCAAAGCUGGAUAUGAAAUUGCCAGAAGUCGAGGCUCAUGAAAGUUUGCUACAAAAGAAGCGUUUGUCUUUAGCUACUGAUCGAGAAUCAUUUGAUGCAACAUUCUAUAAAGAAAGGGAAGAUUUGAAGGAGUGGGAAAGCAAGCUACAACAAAGAGAAAAUAUGCUAUCCAGUGGUUGGCAAAAUAUCAGUGAGAAAGAAAAGAAGAUAGUUGAAACCGAGAAGAACCUUAAAUAGAAAGAAAGAGACCUGGAAGUGUUGGAGAAAAAGUUAUGGGAAUAAAAAGAGAUCGAAAGUUUAUGAGAGAAGGAAGAGAGUUACUUAGCCAUAACAGACUAACUGUCUAUUACAGUUAGUAUAGGCGGGAAUGGGGAUGUAUAAAUAACGAAGGGUGUUGGUUAGAAGUUACUUUUGAUAGUUAGUUUUGAUGACGAUUCUUUGCUGAAUAAUACGAAUUCAUAUUCUUUCUUUCUUGGUUUACCUGUUUCCAUGAGGAGUUGAGCGUUCUUGAUUGGGUUUCUUGAUCGUAAACCCAUCAAUAUUGUUACGUAUCCGAGUAGGAGACGUAACGAAAUCAUCCUCUCACACACUCAAAACAAACAAAAGAAUAAUGAAAGAAUGGAAUCUUGAGUGUGUGAGAGGAUGAUUUUGUUACGUCUCCAACUCGAAUACGUAACAAUAUUGAUGGCUUUACGAUCUGGCCGUCCUUUCACAUUUGGCUCCGUCAGCCCUCUUCCGUUCAGUUUUAGGAGUCCUUUCCUGUUUGAAGUUUUGACGUAUUCUUCCACGAUCCCUGACUGCUUAUUGGUCGUCAGUCUUUCGAAGAUGACCCGAUGUUUCUUUCUAUGAAUCGGAUCACCAUCGCCUCCUUUAAACCUUCCCAAGAAUGAUUCUUGGCA